UACAACACCAACAAAAAUAUUAACCAAGAAAAAUAAAAUAAGCAAAACUCUAUGAAAAAUAAGCGCAUUUCUAGAUCAUAACGAGCCGUCUUUUACUUCUCUCUGAAUUUCCAGCAUCCACAGCUUAUUAUUGAUUUAUUUCACUCCAAAACUGCAGAAGAAUCUUAGCAAGAAAAGGGAAAUUUGAUGUUGGCCCUCACAGUUUCUUCAUUAUUUCUAGCUGUUGGUGCCAUUUUCUUCAUCAAAUUCCUCAAAGCCGAUGGCGAUUUCACGUUGCUGUCCAAAGGAAAAGUGAAGCGCGAAGAAAUUGAGGAUAAGGUUAUUUGGAUAACUGGAGCUAGCCGCGGUAUUGGGGAAGUGCUUUCUAAACAACUUGCAAGUUUGGGAGCAAAGCUUAUCAUCUCUGCACGAAACGAAGGGGAACUAGAACGCGUCAAGAAGCAGCUGACUGGAAAACACGCGCCGGAUGAGGUAGUAAUUCUGCCUUUGGAUUUGAGUCGAGGGGAGGAACAUCUGGCAGAGGCGGUACAAAAAGCAGAAUCACUUUUUGGGGGUGUAGGUGUGGAUUACGUAUUCCACAAUGCAGCCUUUGAGCGCCCUAAAUCGCUGGCCUUAGAUGUGACAGAAGAAAGUCUCAAGGCGACAUUUGAUGUCAAUGUUCUGGGGCCAAUAUCUCUUACACGACUCCUGUUGCCUGACAUGCUGAAACGGGGCAGAGGACAUUUUGUUGUGAUGAGUAGUGCUGCAGGAAAGACCCCUGCACCCGGUCAGGCUGUCUAUUCGGCCUCCAAGUUUGCUGUGAAUGGCUAUUUUCACACACUGAGAUCUGAGCUUUGUAGAAGAGGGAUCAAGGUAACUAUUGUUUGUCCAGGCCCCGUGAAGACCGCUACUACCUCUGGAACAAGUUCCUCUCAAGAGAAGGGCUCUUCUGAGAAGCGCGUGUCAUCUGAGAGGUGUGCAGAGCUCACAAUAAUUGCUGCAAGCCAUGGUCUGAAGGAAGCAUGGAUAUCAUAUCAGCCCGUUCUGGCUGUUAUGUACCUGGUGCAGUAUGCACCAACAGUUGGAUACUGGCUCAUGGAUAAGAUUGGGGAAAAACGAGUAGCAGCUGCAGCUGAGAAGGGGAACACGUACUCGUUGGGCUUGCUUUUCGGGAAAAAGAAGGCAUCUUGAUAAUCGGUGAGCACAGAAGAAACAUUAUCAUAGAAAAGAAAUAGAAUCCAGAUACUUUGCGCGAUGGGAAACAGACGUUGUUGGAUAGUAGUGUCAUUGAACUUAUCUUUUAAUAGGCAUUUGAUGUAGGAGAAAGCUCGUUUAGGUUCGAUUUUCUUGGUCUUGGAUUAUAUGUAGAAUGAUAUAUUUCUUCGAAGUAGGUUGUUCAUGUCAUAGUUCUUUGGUUCUGAUUUCAACCCAAAUAUAUGAAUAAUUAGGCAAUUUCCUCUUAUCUAUGAUAGUAGAUGAUUGCCCUGUUUUGCAGCUUA